AUGACUCUUGUCCUGCUGGGUCUAACCAUUCUGAUGCUCCACCAUGUGGCCUGUGAGAAGGCCCUAGAAGAAGCAAUUCCUCCCUUGGCUUGGCGCUUCACACAUUCCCUGUACAAUGCCACCAUCUAUGAAAACUCUGCUCCCAAGACCUAUGUGGAGAGUCCGGUGAAGAUGGGCAUGUACCUGGCGGAUCCCCAGUGGGUGGUGAAGUACCGGAUCAUCUCUGGAGAUGUGGCUGGAGUGUUUAAGACUGAGGAGUACGUGGUGGGCAAUUUCUGCUUUCUCAGAAUAAGGACCAAGAGCAGCAACACAGCACUUCUCAAUAGAGAGGUGCGAGACAGCUACACACUCAUAGUGCAAGCCUCAGACAAGAGCCUGGAGUUUGAAGCAAUGACCCACGUGGUGGUCCACAUCCUGGACCAGAACGACCUGAAGCCUCUCUUCUCCCCACCUUCCUACAGAGUCACCAUCUCUGAGGACAUGCCCCUCAAGACCCCCAUCUGCAAAGUGACUGCCACGGAUGCCGAUCUGGGCCAGAACUCUGAGUUCUAUUAUGCCUUUAAUGCCAGGUCAGAGGUGUUUGCCAUCCAUCCCACCAGUGGGGUGGUCACUGUGGCCGGGAAGCUGAAUGUCACUUGGCGAGGGAAGUAUGAGCUCCAGGUGCUGGCUGUGGAUCGCAUGAGAAAAAUCUCAGAGGGCAAUGGGUUUGGCAACUUGGCUGCAUUGGUAAUUCAUGUGGAGUCUGUGCACAGGAAGCCCCCAGCUAUCACCUCCGUGGUCUUGACUCCACCAGAUGAUGAUGAAGGUGCCAUCUAUGCCACUGUCAUGGUGGAUGCAAAUGGCUCUGGAGCUGAAGUAGAGUCCCUGGAGGUGGUUGGUGGUGAUCCUGGAAAGUACUUCAAAGCUCUCAAGUCCUAUGCCCAAGACAACAAGUUCAACUUGGUGGCAGUCAGGGACAUUAACUGGGCAGAGCACCUUCAUGGCUUCAACCUCAGCUUCCAGGCCCAUAGUAGGAGCAGACCUCCUGCCCACUCCCCCAUUAGGGCUUUCCAUUUCCCACCCUCUAGGCUGACCAACCUCAGAUUCGAGAAGGCUGUUUACAGAGUGAAGCUCAGUGAAUUCUCCCCUCCUGGAAGUCGUGUGGCAUUGGUAAAGGUCACCACUGCCCCCCCUGCUUUGCGAUAUGCUCUGAAAUCAUCCUCUGGGAACACAGUAUUCAAGCUCAAUGCUCGCACAGGCCUGAUCACCACCAUGAAACUUGUGGACUUCCACGACGGAAGCCAGUACCAGCUCCAUGUGAAAACCUCCCUGGGUCCGGCCACCGCCACUGUGAUCAUUGACAUUGUGGACUGUAACAACCAUGCCCCAGUCUUCAACAGGUCUUCCUAUGAAGGUACGUUGGAUGAGAACAUCCCUCCUGGUACCAGUGUUUUGACUGUGACAGCCAUAGACCAGGACGAUGGGGACAAUGGACGUGUCACCUAUUCCAUUGUUGACCCCAAAGCUGUCCCAUUCUCUAUUGACCCUUACCUGGGGGUCAUCUCCACCACCAAACCCAUGGACUAUGAACUCAUGAAAAGAAUAUAUACCUUCCGGGUCCGGGCAUCAGACUGGGGGUCCCCUUUUCGCCAGGAGAAGGAGGUGUCUGUUUCUCUGAGGCUCAAGAAUCUGAACGACAACCAGCCCAUGUUUGAGGAAGUCAACUGCACUGUGUCCCUUCGUCAAGAUGCGCCAGUCGGGAAGUCGAUAAUGGCUGUGUCCGCCAUAGACAUGGAUGAACUUCAGAACCUACGAUAUGAAAUUGUGUCUGGCAACGAACAGGACUACUUCCAUCUCAACCAUUUCUCGGGGGUGAUAUCUCUCAAACGCUCUUUUAUGAAUCUCACAGCUGUUCGACCCACCAUCUAUUCUCUGAAGAUGACAGCCUCUGACGGCAAGAACUAUGCCUCCCCCACAACUCUGAAAGUCACUGUGGUGAAGGACCCUCACUCUGAGGUCCCUGUACAAUGCGAUAAAACAGGAGUGCUGACCCAUAUCACAAAGACCAUCCUCCAGUCUGCUGGGCUUCAGGGCCAAGAGUCGGGUGAAGAGGAAUUCACCUCCCUCAGCAACUAUCAGAUCAACCACCACACCCCCCAGUUCGAGGACCACUUCCCCCAGUCCAUUGACAUUCUGGAGCAGGUUCCCAUCAACACCCCCUUGGCCCGCCUGGCAGCCACUGACCCAGAUGCUGGCUUUCAUGGUCGUCUGGUCUAUGUGAUUGCAGAUGGCAAUGAGGAAGGUUGUUUUGACAUUGAGCUGGAGACAGGGCUGCUCACAGUGGCAGCAGCCUUGGACUAUGAGACCACCAGCUUCUACGUCCUCAAUGUGACUGUGUACGACCUGGGCACUCCCCAGAAGUCCUCCUGGAAGCUGUUGACGGUGACUGUGAAGGACUGGAAUGAUAACCCACCCAGGUUUCCUCCGGGUGGGUACCAGCUCACCAUUUCUGAGGACACAGAAGUUGGAACCACAAUUGCAGAGCUGAAGACAAAAGACGCCGACUCAGAGGACAACAGGAGGGUCCGCUACACCCUGCUAACCCCCACAGAGAAGUUCUCUCUCCACCCACUCACUGGGGAGCUGGUUGUCACAGGACACCUUGACCGGGAAUCCGAGCCUCAGUACAUACUCAAGGUUGAGGCCAGGGACCAGCCCAUGAAGGGCCACCAGCUCUUCUCUGUCACUGACUUGAUAGUCACAUUAGAGGAUAUCAAUGAUAACCCUCCCCAGUGCAUCACAGAGCACAGAAGCCUGAAGGUGCCAGAGGACCUGCCUCUUGGGACAGUUUUGACAUUCCUAGAUGCCUCUGACCCUGACCUGGGCAGUGCAGGUGAAGUGAGAUAUAUCCUGGUGGAUGAUAUCCAUGGAACCUUCCGGGUGGAGCCGAUGACUGGAGCUUUGAGUCUGGAAAGAGAGUUGGACUUUGAGAGAAGAACUGGUUACAACCUGAGCCUUUGGGCCAGUGACAGCGGGAGGCCUCUAGCCCGCAGGACCCUUUGCCACAUAGAAGUGUUAGUCCUGGAUGUAAAUGAGAAUCUCCAUGCUCCUCGCUUUUCAUCCUUUGUAUACCAGGGCCAGGUGCAGGAGAACAGCCCUGCAGGGACCCAGGUGAUGGUAGUCACAGCCCGGGAUGAUGACAGUGGAUUGGAUGGAGAGCUCCAGUAUUUCCUACGGGCUGGCACUGGCCUGGAAGCCUUCAGCAUCAACCAAGACACAGGAAUGCUUGAGACUCUGGCACCUCUGGACCGAGAAUUCAUGCCCUACUACUGGUUGACGGUACAGGCUGUGGACAGAGGCUCCGUUCCCCUCUCUGCUGUCACUGAAGUCUACAUUGAGGUUAUGGACAUCAAUGACAACAUACCCUGCAUGUCUCGACCAGUGUUCUACCCCUCUGUCCAGGAAGAUGCCCCCUUGGGUACUUCCGUGCUUCAGCUGGAGGCCUGGGACCCAGACUCCAGCUCUCAAGGGAAGCUGACCUUUAACCUCACCAGCGGGAACCACAUGGGGUACUUCGUCAUUCAUCCAUUCACAGGUCUCCUGUCCACUGCCAGACAGCUGGACCGAGAGAGCAAAGAUGAACAUGUCCUGGAGGUGACUGUGCUGGAUAAUGGGGAGCCCCCACUAAAGUCCACUUCCAGAGUGGUGGUGUGCAUCUUGGAUGUCAACGACAACCCACCUGUGUUCUCCCACAAGCUCUUCAAUGUCCGCCUUCCUGAGAGACUGAGCCCCUUGUCCUCGGGGCCUGUGUACCGGCUGGUGGCUUCAGAUCCAGAUGAAGGUCUCAACAGCAGCAUCACCUACAGCAUUGAGGAGAGUGACGAGGAGGGCUUCAGAGUUGACCCUGUUAUGGGGACUGUUUCUUCUAGCAGCACUUUUGCAGCAGGAGAGUACAAUAUCCUAACGAUCAAGGCAACAGACGGUGGGCAGCCAGCCCUCUCCACCAGUGUCCGGCUACACAUCGAAUGGAUUCCCCAGCCUCGGCCAUCCUCCAUCCCCCUGUCCUUUGAUGAGCCCCACUACAGCUUUACAGUCAUGGAGACAGACCCUGUGAACCACAUGGUAGGAGUCAUCAGUGUAGAGGGACGGCCUGGUCUCUUCUGGUUCCACAUCUCAGAUGGGGAUAAGGACAUGGACUUUGACAUUGAGAAGACCACGGGCAGCAUUGUCAUAGCCAGGCCUCUUGAUACAAGGAGAAAGUCAAGCUAUAACUUGACUGUGGAGGUGACGGAUGGGUUCCACACCAUUGCCACCCAGGUCCACAUCUUUAUGAUUGCCAACAUCAACCACCACCGGCCUCAGUUCCUGCAGGAUAACUAUGAAGUAAGGGUCCCCCAGGACACACUGCCUGGGGUUGAACUCCUCCAAGUCCAGGCCACGGAUCAAGACAAUGGCAAAGGCCUCAUCUAUACCAUCCACAACAGCCAGGACCCUGGAAGUGCCAACCUCUUCCAGCUGGACCCAAGCAGUGGCGUGUUGGUGACAGUGGGGAGAUUGGACCUGCGCUCCGGGCCUUCUCAGCACAUUCUGAUGGUUAUGGUCCGAGACCAAGAGAUGCCCAUCAAGAGGAACUUUGUGUGGGUGACCAUUCAUGUGGAAGAUGGAAAUCUCCACUCACCUCACUUCACUCAGCACCAUUAUGAGGCAAGUGUUCCUGACACCACUGCCCCUGGUACAGAGCUACUGCAGGUCCGAGCUGUGGAUGUUGACCGCGGAGCCAACGCUGAAGUCCAUUAUUCCUUCCUAAAAGGUAACAGUGAAGGUUUCUUCAAUAUUGACGCCCUCCUAGGCACCAUCACAGUAGCCCAGAGACUUGAUCAUGUCCAUCACACUAGGCAUACAUUAACUGUGAAGGCGGAAGACCAAGGCUCCCCACAGAGGCAUGACCUGGCUAUGGUGGUCAUUCAUGUCCACCCCGCAGACAGCAGCGCUCCCAUCUUUUCAAAAGAGGAGUAUUUCAUAGAGAUCCCAGAAUCAGUUCCUGUUGGCUCCCCGAUCCUCCUCAUCUCUGCUACAAGCUCCUCUGAAGUCACCUAUGAGUUAAGAGAGGGGAACAAGGGUAGUGUGUUCUCCAUGAACUCCUAUUCUGGCCUCAUCUCCACCCAGAAGCGCUUAGACCAUGAGAAAAUCUCAUCCUACCAACUGAAAAUCCGAGGCCGCAACACAGCUGGUGCGUUCAGGGAUGUGGUGGCACUUGUCUACAUCAUCGAUGAGAACGACAACGCUCCUGCAUUCCUAAAGCCAAUGUUCGUGGGGCACAUCAGCGAGGCAGCUCCUCCACACAGUAUGAUCCUGGAUGAAGACAACAGCCCCUUAGUGAUCCGUGCCUCUGACAGUGACCAGGAAGCUAAUUCCUUGUUGGUCUAUAAAAUCUUGGAACCAGAGGCCUCAAAGUUUUUCAAAAUUGAUCCCAGCAUGGGAACUCUAACUAUCACAUCAGAGCUGGAUUAUGAGAACACACCCUUGUUCCAAUUCAACAUCUAUGUUCACGACCAAGGGACACCCAUCUUAUUUGCACCCAGACCUGCCAAGGUCGUCAUCCAUGUCAGAGACGUGAACGACUCUCCCCCCAGGUUCUCAGAGCAAAUAUAUGAAGAGAUGGUUGUGGGACCCAUCCACCUUGGCAUGGAGCUCCUCACAGUACAAGCCAAGGAUGAUGACUCAGAAGUCACCUAUAGCAUCAAAACUGGCAACACCGAUGAAGCUGUUGCCAUUCAUCCUGUCACAGGCCAAAUAUCUGUGGUUAAUCCUGCUAUUCUGGGGUUUUCUCGGAAGCUCACCAUUAGGGCUUCUGAUGGUCUGUAUCAAGAUACUGCGCUGGUAAAAAUAUCUGUGACCAAAGUCCUUGACAAAAGUUUACAGUUUGAUCAGGACAUCUACAAGGCAAGAGUGAAGGAGAAUAUGCCACACAGAAAGGCACUGGUGAUUCUUGGUGUCCAUGGAAACCAUUUGAACGACACCCUUUCCUACUUCCUCUUGAAUGGCACAGACUUAUUUCACAUGGUCCAGUCAGCAGGUGUGUUGCAAACCAGAGGAGUGACAUUUGAUCGGGAGCAGAGGGACACUCACGAAGUGGCGGUGGAAGUGAGGGACAACCGGGUCCCUCAACGGGUGGCUCAGGCUCUGGUCAGGGUCUCUGUAGAAGAUGUCAAUGACAACGUCCCUGAGUUUCAGCAUCUACCUUAUUACACAGUCAUCCAAGAUGGCACCGAGCCGGGGGAUGUCCUCUUUCAAGUAUCUGCCACUGAUAAGGAUUUGGGAGCCAAUGGGACAGUCACAUACGGGUUUGCAGAAGAUUAUGCCUACUUCCGGAUUGACCCCUAUGUUGGGGACAUAUCACUUAAGAAGCCCUUUGAUUAUCAAGCUUUGAAUAAGUAUCACCUCAAAGUCAUUGCUCGGGAUGCAGGUAGCCCACCCCUCCAAACCGAGGUUGAGGUACAUGUCACCGUCAGAAAUAAAUCCAACCCACUGUUUCAGAGUCCUUACUACAAAGUAAAAGUCCCUGAAAAUAUCACACUCUAUACCCCGAUUCUCCACACACAGGCCAGGAGUCCAGAGGGACUGAGGCUCAUCUAUAACAUUGUAGAGGAAGAGCCUUUGAUGCUGUUUACCACAGACUUUAAAACUGGUGUCCUUAUGGUGACAGGACCUCUGGACUACGAAUCCAAGAAUAAGCAUGUAUUCACAGUAAGAGCCACAGACACAGCUCUGGGGUCCUUUUCUGAAGCCACAGUAGAAGUCUUAGUUGAGGACAUCAAUGAUAACCCUCCUACUUUUUCCAAGUUGGUAUAUACCACUUCAGUUUCUGAGGGCUUACCCGCUCAAACCCCCGUGAUCCAACUGUUGGCUUCUGACCAAGACUCAGGACAGAAUCAGGAUGUCUCCUAUCAGAUUGUAGAGGAUGGCUCAGAUGUUUCUAAGUUCUUCCAGAUCAAUGGGAGCACAGGGGAGAUGUUUACCAUCCAAGAGCUAGACUAUGAAACACAACAAUACUUUCACGUGAAAGUCAGGGCCAUGGAUAGAGGUGAUCCCCCACUCACUGGUGAAACUCUUGUGGUCGUCAAUGUGUCUGACAUCAAUGACAACCCCCCAGAGUUCAGAGAACCUCAGUAUGAAGCCAAUGUUAGUGAGCUAGCAACCUGUGGCCAUCUGGUUCUAAAAGUUCAAGCCCUUGAUCCUGACAUUGGGGACACCUCCCGCCUGGAGUACCUGAUUCUUUCUGGCAACCAGGAUCGACAUUUCUCCAUCAAUAGCUCAUCAGGAAUCAUUUCUAUGUUCAACCUUUGCAAAAAGCAGCUGGACUCAUCUUACAACUUGAGGGUAGGUGCUUCUGAUGGGGUCUUCCAAGCAACUGUGCCAGUUUAUAUCAAUACCACAAAUGCCAACAAGUAUAGUCCCGAGUUCCAGCAACAUGUCUAUGAAGCCGAAUUAGCUGAGAAUGCAAGAGUGGGAACGAAGGUGAUUGAGCUGCUAGCCAUAGACAAAGACAGUGGCCCCUAUGGGACGGUGGAUUACACCAUCAUCAAUAAGCUAGCAGGGGAAAGGUUCUUCAUAAACCCCGGUGGUCAGAUCACCACGCUGCAGAAACUGGACCGGGAAAAUUCAACGGAAAGGGUCAUUGCUAUUAAAGUUAUGGCAAGGGAUGGAGGGGGGAAAGUGGCCUUCUGCACAGUGAAAAUCAUCCUCACUGAUGAAAACGACAAUGCCCCCCAAUUCAAAGCAUCUGGGUACACGGUGUCCAUUCCAUCCAAUGUCAGCAGAGACUCCCCCGUCAUCCAGGUACUGGCUUAUGAUGCAGAUGAAGGUCGGAAUGCAGAUGUCACCUAUUCAGUAGACUCAACAGAGGAGCUUGCUGAAGAGAUCAUUGAAGUCAACCCAACCACUGGUGUGGUCAAGGUGAAGGAGAGCCUGGUGGGGCUGGAAAAUAGGGCUGUUGACUUUAACAUCAAAGCCCAGGAUGGUGGUCCUCCUCACUGGGACUCUCUGGUACCGGUACGACUGCAAGUGGUUCCUAAUGAAGUACCUUUGCCCAAGUUUUCUGAACCUCUGUAUACUUUCUCUGCAUCUGAAGACCUUCCAGAAGGUUCUGAAAUUGGGUCUGUGAAAGCAGUAGCAGCUCAAGAUCCAGUCAUCUACAGUCUGGUUCAGGGUACCACUCCAGAGAGCAACAGAGAUGGGGUCUUCUCCUUGGAUCAAGACACAGGAGUCCUGAAGGUGAGGAAGGCCAUGGACCACGAGUCCACUAAAUGGUACCAGAUUGACCUGAUGGCACAUUGCCCUCAUGAAGAUACUGACUUGGUAUCACUGGUCUCUGUCAAUAUUCAAGUGGAAGAUGUCAAUGACAAUAGGCCUGUAUUUGAGGCUGAUCCAUAUAAGGCUUUCCUCACUGAGAAUAUGCCGGGAGGGACCACAGUCAUUCAGGUGACAGCCAAUGACCAGGACACUGGGAGUGAUGGACAGGUGAGCUACAGACUGUCAGUGGAGCCUGGUAGCAACAUCCAUGAACUCUUUGCUGUUGAUAGUGAGAGUGGUUGGAUCACCACACUCCAAGAACUUGACUGUGAGACCCAACAGACUUAUCGUUUCUAUGUGGUGGCCUUUGACCAUGGACAGAGCAUCCAGCUGUCUUCUCAGGCCUUGGUUGAGGUAUCCAUCACAGAUGAGAAUGACAACCCCCCUCGGUUUGCUUCUGACGACUAUAGAGGCUCUGUGGUAGAGAACAAUGAGCCUGGUGAACUUGUGGCCACUCUAAAGACUUUGGAUGCUGACAUCUCUGAGCAGAACAGGCAGGUCACCUGCUACAUCACAGAGGGAGACCCCCUGGGUCAGUUUGGCAUCAGUCAAGUUGGGGAUGAAUGGAGGAUCUCCUCAGAGAAGACUCUGGACCGAGAGCACAUAGCCAAGUAUCUACUCAGAAUCACAGCGUCAGAUGGCAAGUUCCAGACUUCGGUCCCUCUGGAGGUCUUUGUCCUGGACAUCAAUGAUAACAGCCCGCAGUGCUCACAGCUUCUCUACACCGGCAGGGUCCGUGAGGACGUCACUCCUGGACACUUCAUCUUGAAAGUUUCUGCCAUAGAUGUGGACAUGGACACCAAUGCUCAGAUCACAUACUCUCUGCAUGGACCCGGGGCCCAGGAAUUCAAGCUGGACCCUCACACAGGGGAGCUGACCACACUCACAGCCCUGGACCGGGAAAGGAGGGACGUAUACAACCUUGUUGCUAAGGCAACAGAUGGAGGGGGCCAGUCAUGCCAGGCAGAUGUGAUAAUCCACAUUGAGGAUGUGAACGACAACGCUCCAAGGUUCUUCCCCAGCCACUGCACUGUGGCUGUCUUCGACAACACCACAGUUAAGACCCCCGUGGCUGUGGUCUUUGCCCGGGACCCUGACCAGGGCACCAACGCCCAGGUGGUGUACUCGCUGACAGACUCUGCUGAUGGCCAGUUCUCCAUUGAUGCCACCUCAGGGGUGAUUCGUCUGGAGAAACCUCUGCAGGCCAGAUCCAACCCAGCUCUGGAGCUUACGGUCCGUGCCUCAGACCUAGGCAUCCCAAUACCACUGUCCACCUUGGGCACUGUCACAGUCUCCGUAGUGGGCCUGGAGGACUACCUUCCCAUCUUCCUGAAUGCGGAGCACAACACACAGGUGCCUGAGGAUGCUCCGAUAGACACGGAGGUACUACAGCUGGCCACCCUCACACGCCCAGGCUCAGAGAAGACUGGUUACCGCAUCACGGGUGGGAAUGAGCAGGGGAAGUUCCGGCUGGAUGUUCACACAGGAAUCCUAUACGUCAACGGCAGCCUGGACUUUGAGACAAGUCCCAAGUACUUCCUGUCCAUCGAAUGCAGCCGGAAGAGCUCUUCUUCCCUCAGCGAUGUGACCACCAUUGUGGUGAACGUCACUGAUAUUAACGAACACCACCCCAGAUUCACCCAUGACCUGUACACUGUGAGGGUCUUAGAGAACGCUGUUGUGGGCGACACCAUCUUGACAGUAUCAGCAUCUGAUGAUGAUGGACCAGUAAAUAGUGCCAUUACCUACAGCCUGGUAGGAGGGAACCAGCUUGGACACUUCACCAUCAACCCCAAGAAAGGGAAGCUUCAGGUGGCCAAGGCGCUGGACUGGGAACAGACACCCAGCUACUCUCUGAGGCUCCGAGCCACAGACAGUGGGCAGCCCCCAUUGUAUGAGGACGCAGAGGUGGCCAUUGAGGUGAUUGAUGUCAAUGACAAUCCUCCCAGAUUCUUCCAGCUCAACUACAGCACUGCUGUCCAGGAGAACUCCCCCACUGGCAUCAAAGUCCUGCAGCUGAUCCUGGACGAUCCUGACUCCCCACAGAAUGGGCCCCCCUACUCCUUCCGCAUCACUGAGGGGAACAUUGGAUCUGUGUUCCGGGUGACUCCGGAUGGCUGGCUGGUGACCGCAGCAGGCCUGAGCAGGAGGGUCCAGGAGUGGUAUCAGCUUCACAUCGAGGCAUCAGACAGUGGCCUUCCGUCCUUGUCGUCUUCCACAUUGGUCAGAGUGCACGUGACCGAGCAGAGCCGUUACCCACCCUCCACUCUUCCGCUGGAGAUCUUCAUCACAGUGGGGGAGGAGGAAUUCCAGGGUGGCAUGGUCGGUAAAAUCCAUGCCACAGACCGAGACCCACAGGACACACUGACCUACAGCCUGGAGCGAGAGGAAAGUCUAGGCAGGUACUUCUCAGUGGGUGCGUUGGAUGGCAAGAUUAUUGCCUCCCAAGGACUGCCUCGUGGCCGAUAUUCACUUAAUGUCACAGUCAGUGACGGGACCUUCACCACCACCACUGGGGUCCACGUCCACGUCCACGUGUGGCACAUGGGCCAGGAGGCUCCUCAGCAAGCUGUGUGGCUCGGCUUUCACCAGCUCACCCCGGAGGAGCUGGUGAGUGAUCACUGGCGCAACCUGCAGAGAUUCCUCAGUAAUACCUUGGACAUCAAACGGGCCAACAUCCACCUGGCCAGCCUGCAGCCUGCCGAGGCCACAGCUGGGGUGGAUGUGCUCCUGGUCUUUGAGAGGCAUGCUGGAACCUCCUAUGACCUCCAGGAGCUGGCAUCUGCCAUAGCUCGUGCAGCCAAAGAGAUGGAACACUCAGUGGGAAUUCGGAUGAGGUCAGCCCUGCCCGUGGUACCAUGCCAAGGGCCAAGCUGCCAGGAUCAAACCUGCCAAGAGACAGUGUCCCUGGAGCCCAGGGUUGGGCCCACUUACAGCACAGCCAGGCUCAGCAUCCUGACGCCACGGCACCACCUGGGAAGGAACUGCUCCUGCAGUGGUACCACCUUGAGGUUCAGCGGUCAGAGCUACAUGCGGUACAGACCCCUAGAGGUUCGGAACUGGCAGGUCCACUUCUACCUGAAAACGCUCCAACCAUGGGCCAUUCUAAUGUUCACCAAUGAAACAAUCUCCAUUUCCCUGAAGCUGGCCAACGGCUUCCUCCAACUGGAAUACAGCUGUCCAGGUGGUUUCUAUGGAAACCUUUCUUCCCGGCAUCCUGUGAAUGAUGGGCAGUGGCACUCCAUGCUGUUGGAGGAGAAGGACACUUCUGUUCAUCUGUUGGUUGACACCACAGACAACACCUCCCUUAUCAUCCCAGAGGAAUGUCGGGGUCUGAGGACAGAGAGACACCUCCUGCUGGGUGGCCUUGUCCCCUCAAAUCCUCCCUCAAAUGUUUCCCUGGGUUUUGAAGGCUGCCUAGAUGCUGUUAUGGUCAAUGGUGAGCGGUUAGAGCUGCUUGGCCAUGGAAAGAAGAUGGUGGGCUGGCUGGAGAGACAGGCCCUCACUCAGUGCUGCUGGCCUGGCACUGCCUGUAGCCAGAACCCAUGCCUCAAUGGUGGGAGCUGCUCACCUGCCCUUGGAUCAGGCUACCUGUGCAGAUGCCCCGCUCCAUUCUCUGGCAGGAACUGCGAACUUGGAAGGGAGAAUUGUACUUCUGUGCCCUGCCAGGAAGGUGGCACUUGUGUCUCCUCCUCUGAAGUCACUUCCUGUAACUGUCCUCACCCUUACACCGGUGACAGGUGUGAGAUGGAGGCCAGGGGUUGCUCUGGAGGACACUGCCUCAUCACUCCUGAGAUCACGAGAGGGGACUGGGGACAGCAGGAAUUUCUGAUCCUCAUAGUAGCCUUACCUCUCAUCAUAAUCACCACCGUGGGGCUCCUCCUCUACUGCCGUCGAUGCAAAUCUCACAAGCCAGUGGCCAUGGAGGACCCAGACCUCCUAGCCAGGAGCGUCGGCGUCGACACGCAGGCUUCACCUGCCAUUGAGCUCGACCCCCUGAGCACCAGAUCCUGCACUGACCUGAGCCAACAAGAGCCCAGCAAGACUUCAGUUCCAAGUGAACUUCUCACCUUCGGACCUAGCUCGAAACAGCGGCCGAUGGUGUGCAGUGUGCCUCCCAGGCUCCCACCAGCUGCAGUCUCCUCACACCCUGGCCACGAGCCCAUCAUCAAGAGAACCUGGUCAGGUGAGGAGCUAGUAUACCCAGGCGGAGCUGCGGUCUGGCCCCCAACCUACUCCCGGAAGGAGCAUUGGGAAUACCCGCACCCCGAAGCAAUGCAGGGUCCUCUGCCGCCCUCUCCUCAUCGCCAUGUCAGCCCUGCCGUGAUGCCAGAUCCCACUGGCCUCUAUGGGGGCUUCCCCUUCCCCCUGGAACUGGAAAACAAGCGGGCACCCCUCCCACCCCGUUAUAGCAACCAGAACCUGGAGGACCUGAUGCCUCCACGACCCCCCAGCCCCCGAGAACACCUGCUCGCCCCCUGUCUCAACGAGUACACAGCCAUCAGCUACUACCACUCCCAGUUCCGCCAGGGAGGAGGUGGGCCCUGUCUGGCAGAGGGGGGCUAUAAGGGAGUGAGCAUGCGCCUCAGCAGAGCCGGACCCUCUUAUGCUGACUGUGAGGUGAACGGUGGGCCCACCACAGGCCGGAGCCAACCUCGAGCACCCCCCAAUUAUGAGGGUUCUGACAUGGUAGAGAGUGACUAUGGGAGUUGUGAGGAAGUCAUGUUCUAG